CCCCGCCUGGAAGGUGAGUCACGCCAAACUGGGCGGAGAGUCUGCUGGCCUCUCUCCUUCGCUCGUCUGGGCGGCUGCAACUGGGGACAGGGCGGGUGCGCAUCUCGGGCGCGGAGACGGGAGAAGUCUCAUUGUUCGGGGAGCCGUCGCCUCCGCAGGUUCCUCGGCUCGGCCUGCCCGGCCCCUGUCAGUCCUGCCCAACCCCCACAACCGCCCGCGGCUCGGAGGAGAAGCGGCCCCGCGGCGGCAGUAGCUGCAGCAUCAUCUCCGACCCGCCAGCCAUGGAAGACCUAGACCAGUCGCCUCUGGUCUCCUCGUCCGCGGACAGCCCGCCCCGGCCUCCGCCCGCCUUCCAGUACCAGUUCGUGAGGGAGCCCGAGGACGAGGAGGACGAGGACGAGGAGGACGAGGACGAGGAGGAGGACGACGAGGACCCGGAGGAGCUGGAGGUGCGGGAGAGGAGGCCGGCGGCCGGGCUGUCUGCGGCCCCGGUGCCACCCGCCGCCGCCGCCGCGCCGCUGCUGGACUUGGGGAGCGACUCGGUGCCCCCCGCGCCCCGCGGGCCGCUGCCGGCCGCGCCCCCCGCCGCCCCUGAGCGGCAGCCGUCCUGGGAGCGGAGCCCCACGGCGCCCGCGCCAUCCCCGCCCGCCGCUGCCGCAGUCCUGCCCUCCAAGCUCCCCGAGGACGACGAGCCUCCGGCGCGGCCUCCGCCCCCGCCCCCAGCCGGCGCGAGCCCCCCGGCGGAGCCCGCCGCGCCCCCUUCCACGCCGGCCGCGCCCAAGCGCAGGGGCUCGGGCUCAGUGGAUGAGACCCUUUUUGCUCUUCCUGCUGCAUCUGAGCCUGUGAUACCCUCCUCUACAGAAAAAAGCAUGGAUUUGAAGGAUCAGCCAGGUGACACUGUUCCGUCUGCUCAAGAGGAUUUCCCAUCUGUCCCGCUUGAGACUGCUGCCUCUCUUCCUUCUCUGUCUCCUCUUUCAACUGUUUCUUUUAAAGAACAUGAAUACCUUGGUAAUUUAUCAGCAGUGUCAUCCACAGAAGGAGCAAUUGAAGAAACUUUAAACGAAGCUUCUAAAGAUUUGCCAGAGAGGGCAACAAAUCCAUUUGUAGAUAGAGAUUUAACAGAGUUUUCAGAAUUAGAAUAUUCAGAAAUGGGAUCAUCAUUCACUGGCUGUCCGAAAGCAGAGUCAACCCUACUAGUAGAAAACACUAAGGAAGAAGUAACCGUGAGGAGUAAAGAUAAAGAGGAUUUAGUUAGCAAUGCAGCCCUUCAUAAUCCACAGGAGUCACCUAUGACCUUUACUAAAGUGGUUAAAGAAGACAGAGUUAUGGCUCCAGAAAAGAAAAAGGACAUUUUUAAUGAAAUGCAAAUGCCAGUGGUAGCACCUAUGAGGGAAGAGUAUGCAGACUUUAAGCCAUUUGAGCAAGCGUGGGAAGUGAAAGAUACCUAUGAGGGGACUAGGGAUGUGCUGGCUGCUAGAGGUUUUUUGGAAAAUAGAAUGGAUAAAAAUUACUUUGAAGAUAACCUGGAGCAAAAAAGUCAUGGAAAAGAUAGUGAAAGUAGUAAUGAUGACACUUCUUUCCCCAGUACACCAGAGCCUGUGAGGGAUGGCUCCAGAGCAUACAUUACAUGUGCUCCCUUUACCUCAGCAUCUGAUAGCAUUGCAGCAAACAGUUUUCCUUUGUUAGAAGAUCACACUUCAGAAAAUAAAACGGAUGAAAAAAAGAUAGAAGAAAGGAAGGCCCAAAUUAUAACAGAGAAGACUAGCCCCAAAACAUCAAACCCAUUCCUUGUAGCAACACAAGACUCUGAGGCCGAUUAUGUCACAACAGAUAAUUUAUCAAAGGUGACCGAGGUAGAAGUGGCAAACAUGGCUGAAGGUCUAACCCCAGAUUUAGUACAGGAAGCAUGUGAAAGUGAACUGAAUGAAGCUACAGGUACGAAGAUGGCUUAUGAAACGAAAAUGGACUUGGUCCAGACGUCAGAAGCUAUACAAGAAUCACUUUACCCCACAGCACAGCUUUGCCCAUCAUUUGAAGACUCUGAAGCAACUCCUUCACCAGUUUUGCCUGAUAUUGUUAUGGAAGCACCAUUAAAUUCCCUCCUUCCAAAUGCUGGUGCCUCUCUAGUGCAGCCCAGCGUGUCCCCACUAGAAGCACCUCCGUCAGUUAGUUACGACAGCAUGAAGCUUGAGCCUGAAAAUCCCCCACCAUAUGAAGAAGCCGUGAAUAUAGCACUAAAAGCUUCCGGAGCAAAGGAAGAAAUGAAAGAGACUGCAAGUAUUAAUGCAGCUGUUCAGGAAACAGAAGCUCCUUAUAUAUCCAUUGCAUGUGAUUUAAUUAAAGAAACAAAGCUCUCCACUGAACCAAGUCCAGAUUUCUCUAAUUAUUCAGAAAUAGCAAAAUUUGAGAAAUUGGUGCCUGAUCACUCUGAGCUAGUGGAGGACUCCUCACCUGAUUCUGAACCAGUUGACUUAUUUAGUGAUGAUUCAAUUCCUGAAGUCCCACAAACACAAGAGGAGGCUGUGAUGCUCAUGACGGAGAGUCUCACUGAAGUGUCUGAGACAGUAACACAACACAAACAUAAGGAAAGACUUAGUGUUUCACCCCAGGAGGUAGGAAAGCCAUAUUUAGAGUCUUUUCAGCCCAAUUUACAUAUUACAAAAGAUGCUGCACCUAAUGAAAUUCCAACAUUGACCAAAAAGGAGAAAAUUCCUUUGCAGAUGGAAGAGCUUAAUACUGCAAUUUAUUCAAACGAUGACUUGCUUACUUCUAAGGAAGACAAAAUAAAAGAAAGUGAAACAUUUUCAGAUUCAUCUCCAAUUGAAAUAAUAGAUGAAUUUCCCACAUUUGUCAGUUCUAAAACCAAUUCUUCUUCUAAAUUAGCCAAGGAAUACACUGACCUAGAAGCAUCCAACAAAAUUGAAAUUGCUAAUGUCCAGAGUGGGGCUGGGUCGUUGCCUUGCUCUGAAUUGCCCAGUGACCUUUCUUUCAAGAAUAUACAUCCUGAAGAUGAAGUCCAUGUUUCAGAUGAAUUCUCCAAAGAUAGGUCCAGUGUGUCUAAGGUGUCCUUAUUGUCUUCAGAUGUUUCUGCUUUGGGACCUCAAACAGAAAUGGGUAGCAUAGUUAAACCCAAAGUACUUAUGAAAGAAGCAGAGAGAAAAUGUCCUGAUACAGAGAAAGAGGACAAAUCACUGCCGGCUGUGUUUUCAUCAGAGCUGAGUAAAACCUCAGUUGUUGACCUCCUCUACUGGAGAGACAUUAAGAAGACUGGAGUGGUGUUUGGUGCCAGCUUGUUCCUGCUACUGUCUCUGACGGUGUUCAGCAUUGUGAGUGUAACGGCCUACAUUGCCUUGGCCCUGCUCUCUGUGACUAUCAGCUUUAGAAUAUAUAAGGGUGUGAUCCAAGCUAUCCAGAAAUCAGAUGAAGGCCACCCAUUCAGGGCAUAUUUGGAAUCUGAAGUUGCUGUAUCAGAGGAAUUGGUUCAGAAAUACAGUAAUUCUGCUCUUGGCCAUGUGAACAGCACAAUAAAAGAACUCAGGCGCCUCUUCUUAGUUGAUGAUUUAGUUGAUUCCCUGAAGUUUGCAGUGUUGAUGUGGGUGUUUACUUAUGUUGGUGCCUUGUUCAAUGGUCUGACACUGCUGAUUUUAGCUCUGAUUUCACUCUUCAGUAUUCCUGUUAUUUAUGAACGGCAUCAGGCGCAGAUAGAUCAUUAUCUAGGACUUGCAAAUAAGAGUGUUAAAGAGGCCAUGGCCAAAAUCCAAGCAAAAAUCCCUGGAUUGAAGCGCAAAGCAGAAUGAAAACGCCCCAGACAGCAGGAGUUCAUCUUUCAAGGGGACACUCAUUUGAUGGUGGGUGGGGGAGGGUCAGGGCGAGCCGUGGCGGCGGUGCAGCUUCAGCUCUUUAUUUUUAGCAGUGCACUGUUUGAGGAAAAAUUACCUGUCUUGGCUUCCUGUGUUUAUCAUCUUAAGUAUUGUAAGCUGCUAUGUAUGGAUUUAAAUUGUAAUCAUACUUGUUUUUUCUGUAUGAGGCACUGGUGAAUAAAGUGAGCUGAGAAAGCGAUACAUUAUGUUUUAUUGCAAGUAGUCUUGCUGUAUUUGGGAAGUUGCAAGAAGGUGAAGCUGAAAAAAAAAAGAAACUUCACAGUGUACUGUGUUUGGUUGGUGUAAAUUGAUGCAGAUUUUUCAAUGAAAUGUUUAGACAAGAUCAUACUACUAAAGCAGGAAUGAAAACACUGUCUUUAUGGUAUGUUCUAGGUGUAUUGUGAACUUACUGUUAUAUUGCCAAUAUAAGUAAAUAGAAACAUAAUCUAUAUAUAGUGUUUCACAAGCUUAGAUCUUUACCUUCCAUCUGCCCUACAGUGCUUGACCUCUGAGUCAUUGAUAGUGUAGUCUCAAGCACAUAAACUAGGAAGAGAAUGUAUUUCUAGGAGCACUACCACCUGUUUUUAAGAAAACAACACAGAACUCCAGCAUAACGUCAUUGCGAAGACUUACCGUAGAGUUAAUUCUGUCACAGAUUCUGAUUCUGUGGACUGAAUUAAUGCUUCCAAAUGUUUGCAGUUAUCAAACAUUGUUAUGCAAGAAAUCAUAAAAUGAAGACUUACACCAUUGUGGUUUAAGCUGUACUGAAUUAUCUGUGGAAUGCAUUGUGAAUUGUAAAAGCAAAGUAUCAAUAAAGCUUAUUAUAGACUUCA